AAAUAUAAGUCAUCGAUACAAUGACCCGUAUUUUUUGCGAGUGAAUAUAUUUUAUUAAGUUAAAUAAUAAUAAGCCUUAUUUGCAAAUAUAAAAUUAUAAUUCUGAACACAUACGUUUUUGCUUUGGAGGUUUUAUUUGUUGGAUAGGUAUUGCCAGAAAGGCGUUAAUCUUAUCAAGGCUUAUCUCACUAUCAGGUCUUGCGCAUAUUACGGGAACGGGAAUAUGUUAGAACAUAUUCGAUCGUGUAUAUACGCGUUUAUAUCGAACAAAUUGGAGUAUCUAUAAUUCACCAGCGCUUAAAAAAACGCUGUGAGAUGACGAGAGAAUAUUUAUGAAAAUGUGCGGUUUAUUUAAACAAGAACACACACGUGCGCGCGUAAAUUCUUGCGUAUACAACAUAUGUUAUUGCACGAAGUGCAAGAAGCCCAGCAAAAGUAGUCACUUUGAAUUCUCCGACACCGAUGGACGUGAUUCUGCAUAAGAUUUAAGGAAAGCACAUUGCGUAUAUAUUUGCAUCACAAUCCAGCAACGUCAAAAUGUGAACAGUGUUUAUCUACACUUGUCAUUAAAAAACAGGUGAUGCUAAUUAACCUUAAUUAACACCUCUGCAUCUAGCUCCAGCUAGAUAGAGAAUGAAGAGUUUUAUUAUCCGAUCAGGGCUCAUCAAGCAGUCAACCUUUCAGUCAGUCUAUUGUCUGCGAUUCCUGCAGGUGCGCAUACGUAUUCGAAUUAUCAUAAACUCAUGCCGCAUGUUAUACACGAAACUAUAAUUAUUAAAAUAUAAAUAAAGAAAGAAUCUCUUUCUAUGGAGAAUAAAGUAGGUAUUGCCAUAUUAUACCUUCUGCUGAUGAAUAUUUUUUAACGACAAACAAGUGGAUACGUACAAAGAGUUCUUUUCUAAUUGAUAAUUUGGAUAAUUCGGAGGAGGCAUAUAAGAAGCAAUUAUGAAUUCAAAGCAAGCAGAAAUAUUGCUGGCAGUGUUGUAUACCGGAUCCAUGAUAUUCUCCGUCACAUCUGUUAUAUCUCUGGUGACCACAUGGCAGAAUUGGGUAGUGACAUUAGACGGUUGCAUCGAUGUUGAUUGCGGUUGUAUAUUAUACGGUAUCAAUACAUUUCGCACAUUUCUCGGCGGCGAUGAGAAACUAUGCCACUUCGCCGCGUACGCUCUCACACCCAUCAUAGUAAUCAGCUUGUGUCUUGGAGCCUAUCAUGGAUACAGAUGCUGCAUACAUAAAAAUUUAGACGAACCUAAGCAAAUUAAUCAUGGACAAGUGUACAAUGACAGAAGAAAUCUUAAUGGGUAUGUUGUGGUUCGUGUAAAGAAGAGAGUUGCUUUUAAGAGGUGGAUGCCUAUCGGUUUCCUCGCAGCGCUUGUCUGCUGCCUGUCUCUCGCCCACGCGGUCGUGAUAACCGACGGCUACUAUAAAACUUGCGAACAAUAUAGACGAAAUCUCAUUCAACUCUUGGGUUCGAGAGGCCGCGAAAUUUUAGCGAUUCAUAAUAGAUUGUCGUGCGGCGCGAUUUUUGAUUUCAUGGAUUAUGUUGAGCCAGAUAAGAAUCACUGGAGUCGCACCGAGAUGAACACCGGGAUCGCGCUUCAUCUCGCAAUAUAUACAAGUUGGUUCAAUUUCGUCGCUUGGAUAGCCGCGUGCUCUAUAAACUUCAUCAUGGCGAGGAAAAGACAGCGAAAUUUAGGAGAAAAAUUUUGUUGCUGUUGAAUGACAUCCUUUAUAAAAUUAAUUAGUGGCAAACUCUUGAUAAUAUUUUGGUAAAAUAUAAUAAAUAAGGAUGUCCUCUGAAAAAAUAUUACAGGACGCAGGCGUAUAUGAUUGAUACUCAUGUUAAUAGUAUACAUUUUAUUUAUGUAUUUUAUACAGAGAUAUAGUGUUUUCAAUAACUAUUUUCUUCGUAUUUGUGCCUAAUAUAAAAAAAUUAAAGAUUCAUCUGCUCUGCCGUGGAAAAUAAUCGCGUCCCUCUUUCAUAUUUUAUAUAAUUCCAUUCUCUUUAUACAUUUUUACACGAUUUUCAUUACUAUAUUACACAUACACAUGUGCGCACAUAUUGAAACUAUAUUUUUGAUCAUUCCAAGAAGUUUAAAAAUCUACACUGUUAAACUUAGUAUAAACGAGAACGCGUUAUUUCUUUCAUAUCAUUACCUUGCUGAAACACGAUAAUUAUAUUAUUCAUGAUAAAUGGUAAAGAAAAUGGUACAAUAACCUGUUAGUGCAGGCAGUGACACAAUUUAAAUAUAACUAAUCAAAUAUAUUCGUAAAACUUUCCGACACACAUAUUUAGGAUAUUUAUUUUUUUCCUGCGAGACAUAUAUGAAAAAGAAUACGAAGAAGAAAGAACCUAUAAAACCAUACAAUAAAUAAAACAAUAUGUGAAAAUUUAAAGAGGGAAUGUAUUGUAUCUAUAUAUUAUAUAUGUAGAAUCAGAGAAUUUAUCAAUCGAAUUAUAUUCUUCUUAGACCCGUUUCUACCAAUGUAAAUUAACUUUAAUCUCAGUUCAAC